GGUUAGAGGAUGAGCGUAUCAUAGCAGCUGUGGGACGGGCCGGCUUCUUGACUUGUUCAAAGCUUCGUUGGAUAAAGCUCGAUUGGCCCCUACUGAUCGCGUUGAUGGAUAGAUGGAGACCUGAGACCAAUACUUUCCACUUCCGGAUGGGCGAGGCUACCAUUACUCUACAAGAUGUAGCCGUGAUACUCGGUCUCCGUAUAGAUGGUCCGUGCAUUACCGGCACUGAUAGUGAUGUAUGGCCUCGAAGAUGUGAGGAGUUGUUAGGUGUAGCUCCAGAGACUAUGCCUCGAGGAACUAUUAAGUUGAAGUGGUUGAGAGAGACCUUCUCAGUACCGUUGCCUGUUGAUGCCCCACAAAUUUUGGUUGACCAACAUGCACGUGCAUACAUUAUGCACAUGAUUGGUACUAUAUUAUUUCCAGAUUCAAGUAAAGAUAAAGUGCAUGCGAGGUGGUUACCACUCCUCGAGGACUUGGACGUAUGUGGUACAAAAUCGUGGGGUAGUGCCGUUUUGGCGUAUUUAUAUAGAGAGAUGUCAAAAGUGGCACUUAUGCAAAACAGUGAGCUUAAAGGGUGUCUAAGCUUAUUGCAAGUAUGGGCAUGGGAGAGACUUCAUUUGAAACCGAGACUAUGCACGCAUUUACAAUUAGAUAGACAAAUUCCACUGGGAUGCAGGUAUUGUAUUUUUUAUGUAGCGAAUAUAAUUGUAGUUAUCAUUGUGGUACUAAAUGUAUGA